AUGGCCAAAGUCAUACUUCUAACCUUCCUUGGAGUUCUCAUCCAACACUGCCAAGCCCUGACCAUCUCCCCUCAAAAAAUCAACAAAGUCUUCACGGCCACUGGCUACCCCCAGCUGGACGCCGCAACGUCCUCCGUCAUCGCCACGGAUCGCAACGAAGCGGCCAUGCUCCUGGCGCAGGUGAUUCACGAAAGUGGCGGAUUCCGCUAUCGGGAGGAAAUCGGUGGCCAGAGGCAGUACUAUGGCCGCGGGUACAUCCAGCUGACGUGGGUCUACAACUACCGGGCGGCCUCGGCGGACCUGUUUGGGGACGAUCGGUUGAUACGGGAUCCCGGGGUGGUUUCGCAGACUCCGCAGAUGUCGAUGGCGGUUUCGGUGUGGUUCUGGACGAAGAACGCUUGA